UAUUCGUGUUCAAUUGACAGGUGUAUCUUUAUAGAAUUCUGUAAAAAAUAAUCUUAAUAGUUGAAAGAUUUUGAUUCGUUUUAUAAUCGGUUUAUUUGCAGAUUUUCGUUUUGUUUAUUACGUUAAAGAUUACUAUUUGACCUCCAUGACUGGUGUUGUUCGAUAGUGAAUUUUUCAUGUUGAUGUUUGAUUGCAAUUAGAAAAGCAAUAUUGUUGAAUUAAAAAACUAUGGACCCACACCAUAUGCAUCAUUUUAAUCAUGGAAGUCAUGUACCUGAAGGAAUGGAGAAUAUUGAACAUCCAGCUGUUCAUAUGAAUGGGACUCAUUUCAUUGAAGAUAUCAAUGAGAAUAAAAUAUUUAAUACAAGUGACAAUUUUAAUAUGAUGAAUGUUGAUCAUGAGGCAAGGACCCAUGAGCAUCAUGGAGAACAUGCUCAUCAUGACAUGGGACACAGCAUGACAUUUCAUGGAGGAUACUUGGAAACGAUUCUAUUUUCAUGGUGGAAAGUUACAGAUGCUGGGGAAUUCAUUGGUUCAUUUUUAGCAAUAUUCCUUGUUGCAUUGUUAUAUGAGGGGCUUAAGUACUAUAGAAAACAUUUAUUAUGGAAGACAUACACAGGACUCCAAUAUUGUGCAGUAUCACCUCCAGAUAAGGGUGUAUCAAAUAUAUGUGCUCCAGAUGACCCCCAAGUCAUUCAACCAGUUCCUCAUGUACUUGACAGGAAUAUACCAACAAUGAUGAGUACUGCACAUGCUUGGCAAACAGUGUUACAUGGUGUUCAAGUAUUUGUGAGCUAUAUGUUAAUGCUUGUGUUUAUGACAUACAAUACAUGGCUGUGUGCUGCUGUGGUACUGGGAUCUGCGACUGGUUAUUUUUUCUUUGGCUGGCGUGAGUCAGUUGUAGUGGACUUUACAGAACACUGUCACUGACAUAAUAUUGUUAGGGACACCAUCCUAGUAUUACUAUUGUUAAUUUUUUUAUAGCCUCGCCACAAAAACUCAAAAUGUUAUGUAUAUCAUGUUAUAUUAAGACAACCUUUUUGGGUUAUAUAUUUAUACCAGUUACUAUACAGUUAAAGGUUUAGGUAAUUAGAAUAAAUAUAAAUGCUUUGGAGA